AUGUCCCCCUUCACUGCGCCUACACCUCCUACUCCCAUCACACCUCUUCUCGCCAAGGCUGACAUCGGCAAGGCGCCUCUGACACUGUCGUUCUCAGAUGAGAGUGGUGACACGAUCGGACGGAAACAGGCCAAUCCUGCUCAUCCCAUCCAAUUUGCCAAGUACCAGACCGAUGUCAAGACCGAAGCCUUUAUUGGGCCUCUACCCCAUUCGCUCGCGGCCACAAUCAACCUUUUGAAAGAUGAAUGCCCCUCGCUCUCACUAAUCGAUCCUAAGGACAUCACUGUCAGCCUGCAUGUCGCUGUCGAUGCCGCCCGGGAAUCCGGCACAUUUCGAAUCAUGUCAGAGGCCUGGCCCGCGGCACUCACCGAACCGCUGCCGAUGAUUAAGGUUGACAGCAAGAAUGGUGCCGGACAACCUCCGUCAACCCCUUCAUCCGCAUUGCCUCUUGGCUCUGCAUCCGAGAAGGGGACAAUUGUGGACAAGCCAAAGCUCUCUGUCGAAGAAAACCAUAGUCCCCUCACUCCAAUUGAGGAAAAGGUUGAAGCUGACGAUCAUAUUGCUGCUCGGUCCAUCAACCUCGCUUACUCUGCGCCCAUAUCCUGGAAUAGGAUCCACGAGCCAGAAGCAGGAGCCAAGACUUGGGAUGACCUUGUAAAGGAAGGAGCCUUGCUUGGGAUCCAUUGA